AUGCUGGGCCGGGCACGCGCCUGCGCGCGGCUCCCCCCGCCCGCCCCUCAGCGCCGCGGUCACAGCGAGCGGGAAGCGCGGGCACAGCGGCCGCCGCCGGAGCCAGCGCCGCACCGCCCCGCCGCCAUGAACGGCAAAGGCCAGUAUCCCCCACAGCCGCCCUACCCCGUGCAGUCCCCUGCCAACCCAGCCGUGUACCCACAGACGCUGCCCCUUCCUCAGCCUCCCCCCUACACGGACGCACCUCCUGCUUACUCUGAGCUGUACCGUCCCAGCUUCGUGCCUCUGGGUGCUGCCACCGUCCCCACCAUGUCCACGGCGUAUCCGGGCGCUUCCGUCUUCCUGCCCAUGGCUCAGUCCGUGGCUGUGGGUCCCAUCAGCUCCUCUGUCCCCAUGGCUUAUUACCCAGUGGGACCUGUUUAUCCUCCAGGCUCCACAGUCCUCGUUGAAGGUGGCUUUGAUGCUGGAGCAAGGUUUGGGGCUGGUGGAACAGCCAGCAUCCCUCCCCCUCCUCCUGGUUGCCCCCCCAACGCUGCCCAGCUGGCCCUGAUGCAGGGAGCCAACGUCUUGGUGACGCAACGGAAGGGCAACUUCUUCUUGGGAGGCUCAGACGGUGGCUACACUAUCUGGUGAAGGAGGAAGGGGAAGAGGGGGAGGGAUGGG